AUGGUCGGAAGACCGAUAUUGCGGGCAGAAGAACGAAACCUUCUUGUGCCGGACGAUAUCGAGAUCAAAAAUGUGAUGUGUGGAUCAGAAGCAAGCCAAGUGAGGUCCUUGCUUCAGAUAAACUAUCCCAUGGAGAAUGGUAUUAUAAAGAAUUGGGAAGAUAUGGAACACUUGUGGGAUUAUGCCUUUUACGACAAGAUGAAAUUGAACCCUCAAGGACAAAAGAUAUUGUUGACCGAACCUCCAAUGAAUCCUUUAAAGAAUAGGGAAACAAUGUGUCAGGUCAUGUUUGAGAAAUACGGAUUCGGCGGAGUUUAUGUUGCUAUUCAAGCAGUGUUAGCAUUGUACGCACAAGGGUUGAGCUCGGGUGUGGUUGUUGACUCUGGUGACGGUGUGACCCAUAUUGUCCCCGUUUACGAGUCUGUCGUUUUAAACCACCUUACAAAGAGAUUGGAUGUUGCUGGAAGGGAUGUUACAAAACACUUGAUAAAUUUGCUUUUCCGCCGUGGCUAUGCAUUCAACAGAACCGCUGAUUUUGAAACUGUGCGUCAAAUAAAGGAGAAGCUAUGUUAUGUCAGUUAUGACUUGGAAUUUGAUUCGAAAUUGGCCACUGAAACCACAACCUUGGUUGAAUCUUACGAAUUGCCUGAUGGAAGAGUUAUCAAAGUCGGUAGUGAAAGAUUUGAAGCACCAGAAUGUCUAUUUCAACCACACUUGGUUGAUGUCGAGCAACCAGGAGUUGGCGAGACAUUGUUCAAUACUAUCCAAUCGGCUGAUGUUGACGUAAGGUCCUCCUUGUUCAAGGCGAUUGUCUUGUCGGGUGGAUCCUCAAUGUAUCCCGGAUUGCCAUCAAGGUUGGAAAAAGAGCUCAAGCAAUUGUGGUUGACCAAGGUCCUACAUGGCGAUGCUACUAGAUUAGACAAGUUUAAAGUUAGAAUUGAAGAUCCGCCAAGAAGAAAGAAUAUGGUUUUCAUUGGGGGUGCAGUCUUGGCAAAUAUCAUGGCCGAUAAGGACCACAUGUGGAUCUCAAAGCAAGAGUGGGAAGAGCAAGGACCAAGAGUUUUACAAAAGUUGGGACCUAGAUAA